AUGUACGCCUAUUGUAUACUUUACUCUUACGAGCGACACACAACAAGGCGCGGCACGACAAUGACGGACAUUAUGGGCAACGGCGUUUCUACAUUUGGAUUUUCUAGCGAAAGAUACCAUCGACAGGCGCUUCUUGAAUUGAUUAUAUCCCCUUUCUUCACCUACUCGCUGAUGACCCCGACCGUGCCUUUCUUUUUCUCAUUGUCUCUCUUCUCUUGA